AUGAAGUCCAUCUUUUUCACCCUUCCGCUCCUUGCGGCUAUGGCCUCGGCCAGGGCAAUCGCAGCUCCAGCUGAUGCAGACUGCCUUCCAUGUCUAAAACCCAAUUCAACUGGACUACCACAAGCACCAGCACCAGUACCAGUGCCAGUACCGGCUCCAACACUACCAGUCAAGGUGCCUGCGGCUUCUCCCCAGCUUGAACAGAUCACCAAGGAUAUCAAGGGCGUUGUGGAUUGCAUGCCUAAUGCGGAUGGUAUUGCGUCGAGCAUCGCCAAACAGGUUGUGGACUCUGGUGAUUUCGAUAUUGCCAGCGUCAUCGAUCAACUUGUCGCCGGGUCAGCAGGGCAGGCCCGAUCUGACAAACCUAUUGAUAUUGGCAGUAUGAUCAACCAGAUCAUUAAGAUCGUCCAAGGCCUCUUUGGUACUGCUCGUACUGGACUCGAUUCCAGCGUUGAUGUUGGCGAAAUCACCAAUAUUGUCUUGAGCUCUGUUGAAGGUGAUAUGGAUUCCACGGCACGCAGCGGUGCUGGCAUCGGUGCAAUUAUCAAGACAAUCAUUGGGCUUAUUAGCGGCGGCCAGGGCGCUGGAGGCAUCACCAACAUCAUCUCUAAGAUCCUCGGCAUGUUCACUGGUGGCCAGGGCGGCGGCAUCAACAUUGGCACCCUCAUCACCAAGCUCAUUGGGUUGAUCACUGGCAAGGGUGGUUUGAGCCGCAGACAAAACAACUCCGUCGACAUCGCAAAGCUCAUCCAGGCCAUCGUUGGCCUUUUCGGCAAGAACGGCGCCAUCGACCUCCCAAAGUUGAUUGAGACGAUCAUUGGCUUGAUCCCCAAGAACUAG